UAAACAAUAAAACUACAAACAAAAUAAUUGUUCGUAUUAUUGACAUGCUAAAAAUGACAAAUGUGCCGUUGCCGAAAAUGCUUAGAUUCAGCAGCAGCAGCAGCAGCGGCAAAAACAGCGCAGCAGCAGCGAAAAAGACUCGGCAUAAUGGAUUAGCCGCCGUCGCAGCUGCGUCGCUGCGCUGCGCAGUCGACGAUACGGACGAAUCCGAUGAGGAUUCUGAAUCCGAACUGGAUAUCGAAGAGGUUCACGAUGCAGAUGCCGAUGAUGAUGAUGAUGAUGAUGAGGUUGUGCUGCAGAUCGACAGUGAGGACGAGGCUGAGUUGGAGGCGCAACGCAUACGCCUGGAUGAUAUUAAAGCAGCCGCCGCCGCCGCCGCAGCAGAGACGCAGGUCAGUAACGGUAAAGUGACGACGGCGUCGCGCAAACCGCGUGGGCGUCCGCCGGGCAGCACAAACAAAAACAACAACAAAAAUCAGAAUCAGAACCAGAACCAGAACCAGAACCAGCGAAACAAAAACAAACGCAAAUACUCAAAGAGCAGCUGCGCAAGCGUUGCUGCCGCUGUUCCGCCCGCUCCCAUCUGCGCCCCCGCUCCCUCAUCGAUUGUUGCUGCCAAAAUAUAUGCGGAUGAGAAAACGCAUCGUCUGAUUUACAGUUGCGUUGAGUGCUCCCUGCUCUAUGGCGAUGCUCAGGCGCUCGCCCACCACUGGCACGAGGAGCACCAGUCACGGAUGAGGCAAACGUCAGUUAAACUGGAGCCACCUAUCGAGCUGAGUGAGGGCCUCAAACUGAGUGACAUGAAAUGCUGUGCGCAACUUUUGUUGCUGAGGCGCAGUGCGGACGAGGAUGAGGAUCAGGAUCAGGAUCAGGGAGAGAGGGAACAGCAACAGCUGUUGUGCUCCACUUGCGAUGCACAAUUUGAGCAAGGCAAGCAGCUGCAGGCGCAUCUCAGCGAGCAGCAUGGCAUCUGUAAGCUGCUGGUGCCCAAGCGGGAGCCCAGCGAACCCAUGGUCAGCAUACCAUGUGAUGGGGCCAGCAGUAAGUCAAUGCCGGUGCCGGCAGUCGAGCUGCCAGAGACGCCGCCGCCGGAGAAGGAGACGGCGGAUAAAGAUGAUCUCGCAAUGAUUAGUGCUAUGGUGGCGGAAAUAACAGCCGAGCGUAGUCCCAAGGUCAAGAAGAUGGUUAUCAAGCUGCCAGUGGGUAAGCGUGGAGGACGCACGCGCAAGACGAAGGAGCAGAAACCAAAGCAGGAGCAGCAGCUGGAGCAGGCAAAGCAAGAGCAGCAGGCGAGUCAAAAUGGCAAACGCAAACGAGCACGCAAAGCACAGAAGCCAAUCGAAGGGGGGAAGGAGAAGGAGGAGCAAGUGGAGGAGCAGAAGAAGGAGCAGCACGCGAAGCAAGAUAAGCUGGAGGAAAAGCAGGAAAUCAAGGAGGAAACAGAGCCGAGACGCGUGCGCAAAGCACGCAACUUUGUGGACUACGUGGUCGAUGUGAAAGAUGAGGAUGAUGACGAUGACGACGACGAAGAAGAUAAGGACACGGAGGCCGAGUGCACAACGCCACAAAAUAGCUCCACAGAUGACAGCCUUGCGGCUGCCUCCUCCAUCAAGCGUGAAUCCUCCGAGGAAUCGCAGCGCAAUGGCAAUGGCAACGGCAACGGCAGCAGCAGCAGCGGCCAGCACACGUGCAACUUUUGCAGCAAACCCUUUCAGCGUUUCUCCCGACUGCAGGAUCAUCUGCGUCUCCACACCGGCGAGAAGCCGCAUGUGUGUGGCCAGUGCGGACGGGCGUUCCGCCUGAAGAUGCGCAUGGUGGAGCACCAGAUGCGCCAUCGCACCGAGAAGGCAUUCAAGUGCGAGCUGUGCGGUCUGCCGCUGGCCACCAAACAGGACAUGACGCUGCAUAUGCGGCAUCACAAGAACGAUCGUCGCUACAAGUGCGAUCGGUGUGGCAAGGGAUUCGUGCGCAGCUCCGAUCUGGCCAUACACGUGCGCGUCCAUACCGGCGAGAAGCCGUACAGCUGUGACCUGUGCGGCAAGGCGUUCCGUGCCCGCCAGAAUCUCAUCGUGCAUCGGCGCACGCAUCUCGGCGACAAGCCCAUCCAGUGCGAGAUGUGCGACAAGCGUUUCUCCCGCAAAAUCGAUAUGCGUGUCCACAUGCGACGGCACACGGGUGAGAAGCCGUUUAUCUGCACUGCCUGUCAGCGUGGCUACUCCUCCCGUGUCAACUUGCAACGGCAUCAGCAGCGCGAACAUGGCGGCGACUUAACUAUAGUGCCGCAAUCGAAGCAGCCGGCGCCAGCGAAGCCUGCAGCGCGUCGUCCGCGUCGCGAGAAGCUGCAGGAGAAGAUUGCCGCGCAGGAGAAGCUGCUGAAUGAGCUGAAGCGUAGCCUCAGUACGCUCACCGACAUCGCCGAGGAGUCAGCGCCAGCAACGCCGGCAGCUGUUGAGGAGGAGAAGCACACCAUAACGGAACUGUCCGCAGCAGAUGCAGGCGCUGGCACUGUGGCGCAGGUGUCGGUUACAGUCUCGAUGCACGUGGAGCCGGCGAAGGGGGACGACGAUGAGGAGAUCACCCCGGAGAAGGAGAAUGCGCUGUCCAGCGGUUCAGCAGUGGACGCCGCAUCCGGCAAUGGCAAGACGAAGGCCAAUCGCAAGAUAACCAGCUACUUCACCGUUGUUGGGCAACAGGCGGAAAUCUAAAGACUUAUCAGCAUCAAAUCCAAUCCAAUCCAAUCCAAUCCACAAAUCUUACUCAUUAGCAUUAAGAUGCAAACUGUACUUGAAAACUUUCUAGUUUAGUUUGGACACCUCGCGCAGACUUGGAGACGAUUUCACUUUCUUUAUAAGCUUUUCAAUUUUGCAGGGAUUAAGUAUUCUUCAUAUGUAUACAAAACUUAUUUUUACGAGGAUGAACACACUAAGAAGCGAUAGAUGAAGAAGAUGAACCAGCCAAGACAAAACACUUUAUUUCGCAUUUAAUUUACCAUUUAACGAACAGAAAAGACUACGUUUUAAAAGCAUUAAUUGUACGAAAGAAACAAAAAACAAAAACAAAAAUCAAAAAACAAAACAAAAGAGAA